AAGAGCUCUCUUCAGUCCUCUUAUACUUGGUGAUCUCUUCUUCCCGGUUUCACAGAUCAGCAAUCCAAUGGCUCCUGAAGUGGUUCAACCCGGGGAUAAACAAGCCGUGUUGGCUAAGCCUGUCACCCUCCCCAAGCGAGCUUAUGUCACCUUCUUGGCCGGCAAUGGAGAAUACGUGAAAGGCGUUGUAGGGUUAGCCAAAGGGUUAAGGAAGGUGAAAUCUGCUUACCCUUUAGUGGUCGCCGUUUUGCCCGACGUCCCCGACGAGCACAGGCGGAUCCUGGUGAACCAGGGCUGCAUCGUUCGAAAGAUCGAACCCGUUUACCCGCCCGAGAACCAGACCCAGUUCGCCAUGGCUUACUACGUCAUCAACUACUCCAAGCUCCGUAUUUGGAAGUUUGUGGAGUACAGUAAGUUGAUAUACCUGGAUGGUGAUAUUCAGGUGUACGAUAACAUCGAUCACCUCUUUAAUUUGCCCGAUGGGAAUUUCUACGCCGUAAUGGACUGUUUCUGCGAGCCGACAUGGAGUCACACGCCGCAAGCGAAGAUCGGUUACUGCCAGCAGUGCCCUGAUAAGGUGAAGUGGCCGGCGGAGAUGGGUCAGCCACCAUCUCUUUACUUCAACGCCGGCAUGUUUGUGUUCGAGCCCAGCCUCGAGACCUACGAGAAGCUCUUGGCUACCCUUAAAGUCGUCCCACCUACCCCAUUUGCCGAGCAGGACUUUUUGAACAUGUUCUUUAAAGACAUUUACAAGCCCAUCCCUUUGAUCUACAACCUGGUUCUCGCCAUGUUAUGGCGUCAUCCCGAGAAUGUGGAGCUUGACAAGUUGAAGGUUGUUCACUACUGUGCGGAGGGGUCGAAGCCGUGGAGGUACACAGGGAAAGAGGAGAACAUGCAGAGGGAAGACGUGAAGAUGCUGGUUCAGAAAUGGUGGGACAUUUACAACGACGAGUCUCUUGAUUACAAGAAGCCAACCGUUGGUGACGGAGAGGAGGUGGAGCCGGUGAAGAUGCAGCCGUUGCUGGUGGCUCUGUCGGAAGCUGGUGCUGUCCCAUAUGUGACGGCCCCGUCCGCGGCUUAAAAGUAAACAACAUGGACAGCUCUGUUUUAGGGGAAGGACUAUUAGUAGGCGUAGAAAUACUAGAAGAA